AUGCGAGAUUUGUCAUGCUGGAGCCUAUGUCUUAUCAGGCUUUGGCUGUUACUUCCAGCAGCUGCAGAGUCAGAUGUUGAAGCCAUUUUCCUACAGAAGGAGCUACGCAUCUUAGACGCCCGAUCGCAGCUGCCAAGCGAGGAUAUGCCCUGCCAGGAUAGCUGUCUUCCUACAGUCUGGGUGGUGAGCGCAGGGCGGAGUGGUAGCACAACCUUGCUGGAGAUGCUGAAUCAAAUCCCAGGCUAUGACAUCAUGGGCGAAAACCAGAACAUGUGGGGUUCCUUGUUCAAUCUCUUCGAGCAGCGCGAAGCCAUGGUAGCAAGAUACCGGUCUCUCUCCGAGUACAUGACCUAUCGGCAAAGCUUGAAGAGGAACAUGUCCGAGCUUCGAUGUGCUUAUCAGCUCAGGGUUUUGGGAGAGAUCAAUCCAGACAGUCAAGCCCGAGUGGUUGGCUUCAAGGAGAUCCGUUGGGACUUUAGCAGAUCCUUGGACGAUUUGAAGCUGCUCAUGGAGGUCUUUCCGUGCUCGGUCGCAUUGCUGAGCUAUCGUCGAAAUUUGAAGGCCGAAGCGCAAUCCAGGCAAGAUUCCUUGGGAGCCUUCCCUGAUUCCAACUUGCGUCGAGACAACGAGGCACAUCGUCAGGUGAUGCGAAAAUUUCAUAAAGAGAUGCCCCAAAGGACAUUUAUGAUCGCGUUGGAAGACUUCUCCGUAGACCUUUUUAAUCAGAUGCUUCGAUUUCUUAAAGAGGAUUCGUGUCAGUACACCGACAUCCUGCACGACAAUGCAGGUUCAGGUUACACGCACGACUGGUUCGGCACCCGGCACUUUGACAUCAUCCACUGCAACAGCUCCAGCUGA